UGCCGAGCAUCGGUCACCGGGAAGCAGCAGGCGGCCCGUCGCCCAGGCGCCAUGGAGCGGGCCGGCGCGGCGGAGUGUCAGAUUCACAGCCACGGCCCUCACCGACCUCACAUACACGACUGGCACAGCAUCCACGCGGAUAAAAAUAUAACAAAGCCACCAGAAGCAGCUCCGCUGGUAGAGGACUAUAGUACCUGUGAUAUUGUCAAAGCGACACAAUACGGAAUAUUGGAGCGGUGCAGGGAAUUGGUAGAAGCAGGGUUUGAUGUCCGACAGCCAGACAAAGAAAAUGUGACUCUUCUUCACUGGGCAGCAAUAAACAACAGACUGGAUCUUGUAAAGUUUUAUAUUUCCAAAGGUUCAGUAGUGGAUCAGCUAGGUGGAGAUUUAAAUUCUACUCCGCUUCAUUGGGCCAUUAGACAAGGUCACUUAUCUAUGGUCAUACUGUUGUUAAAAUGUGGAGCAGAUCCCAGCCUCAUUGAUGGAGAAGGAUUCAGUAGCAUUCAUUUAGCAGUGCUCUUUCAGCAUAUGCCUAUAAUAGCUUAUCUCAUAUCGAAAGGGCAGAGUGUAGAUUCAACAGAUGUCAACGGACAGACCCCUCUUAUGCUAUCAGCAUUCAAAAUAAUUGGACCAGAACCUACGAGAUUUCUUCUAAAGUUUAAUCCUUCUCUCAAUGCUGUAGACAAAGUCCAGAGGAAUACUGCACUGCAUUGGGCAGUUAUAGCAGGAAAUGUUGAUGCUGUAGAUUUGCUCUUAGAGGCUGGAUCUAGCAUAGACAUCAAAAAUGUCAAGGGAGACACACCACUUGACCUUGCUCAUCAGACUCAGAAUCACUUAAUUAUCCAUGUGCUAACUCAAGAAGAAAAAAUGAGAACCAAAACAAAGUCCAGAUUACUCAGGACAUUAGAAAAAUAUGAGGUAUUCCUGAUGUUGGUGUCUUGCUUGACAUUGAUGUGGGCUGUAGGAUAUAUCCUGGACUUAAAUUCUGAUUCAUGGCUUUUGAAAGGAAGUCUGCUUGUCAUUCUGUUUUUGGCGAUGACUCUGUUUGUAAGGCACUUCCUGGGGUUCAAGAACCUAAAACACUUACCAGCAAUAUUUAUGCUAAGUUCCAUAUUUUGGAUGUCCAUGACCUGGUUUGUCUGGUUCCUGCCUGAUUUAAUAGACACAGUUUUUCAGUGGUUUUUUGUCCUCAGCAUAUUUGGUUUUCUCUAUUACUUCUACAAAACUUGGAAAACUGAUCCUGGAUUCAUAAAGGCUUCAGAAGAAGAAAGAAAAAAGAGUAUUGUUACUCUUGCAGAAGCUGGCUGCUUGGACUUCAGAACAUUUUGCACAUCAUGUCUUAUAAGAAAGCCUUUGAGAUCCAUGCACUGCCUUGUUUGCAACACAUGUGUAGCUAGAUAUGACCAACAUUGUCUAUGGACUGGCCAAUGUGUAGGUGUUGGAAACCAUUAUUAUUUCAUCUUGUUUCUAUUUUUCCUGGCUAUGGUAGGCACCUGGAUGUUAUAUGGAACCCUUCUCUACUGGUCAGAACAUUGUGCAACAACUUACCAGCAAGAUGGAGCUUGGACUUACUUCACACAGAUAGUAUCUUGUUCUCCGUGGGUUUUGUACAUUUUUGCACUAGUGUGUUCUUAUACUUCAUGGGCUUCAUUGUUACUAAUCAUUCAGCUUUAUCAGAUUGUAUGUCUGGGCUUGACCUCAUAUGAGCGAACAAACCUCAUAAUACAGAGCAAGUCUUCUAAACAGCCUUUUUCACUCAGGAGAACUCCAUACAAUCAAGGAUGUUUCCAGAAUAUUGCCGACCUUUUUCAGUGCAGGUGCUUUGGCAUAUUCAAGCCCAGUGCAAUUGACUGGACUAACCAAUAUACUCUGAGUCAUCCAGCAAAGGGUAAAAACAUCCAUUCUGUCUGAAGAAAAGCAGCAUGAAAUUCUUGAGCUAAGCUGAAAGCUAAAUAAAGCUGGAAAUUCUGUGUUUUGUUUACAAGGUCUUCUCAAAUUUUCUUGCCUUAAUUUUUUAUAAUGUUUCUACUGCUUACAUAGUAAAAGUUUUAUGUGCAUAAACUACAGCAAAAUAGCUAUGAAAUAAUUGCUGUGAUUUUCAGAUGAAACAAUUUUAAAUUUCCUGCAACUGAGAUGGCAUUAAAUACGUAUUUUACCAAAAUAGGUUUUUAUACAGCAACCCAAAAAUCUUAUGUGAUUUUUGACCUUUUGCUUCUUUAUGCAGACUGCUUCCAUAAAAGAUGCUUUUUUACAAUUAAGGGAAAUAAAACAUUUUAAUAUUAUUGAAUUGGCUAUUACAAAAUUUUAAAAGCACUGAAAUCCUUUUAGAAUUUUUGAUAGCUUGUCUUUAUAUUGUGUAAAGCAAACAGUAAAUCUAAACACUGUUUUUUGUACAGAUUUAACAUUUAAUAAAUUAGAGCAUUUGUGCUUUCAA